AUGUCGUCCUUCCACAUUAAUUUCAAGGAGAACAUCUCAAAAGGACUAUUUGAUAACAUAAAAUAUGACAAGAUAACAAGCAGGAGAAGAGUACAGUUCCUGAGACAUAAAGUUCCAGUUGUGGAACACAACAAGAAAAUUGAGAAUAAUCUUGUGCGAGGGUUCAAAGAUAUAAGCAACAACUAUUUAGCAGAGGUGCUUAAAGACUACCGAUCUAAAUUUGGAAGAGCAGUUUGGUUGAUAGUGUUCCUGGUGAUGACGGGUUUCUGUAUCUACAUUACAUCCCUGCUGGUAUCAGAAUACCGCCAGUAUGAUUCGUACAACCUGGAGUUUAGCCAGCUCGCUAACAGUUACACCCUGCCAGCCAUAACGAUUUGUAACCUCAACAUUUUGAACUACACAAAGCUGAACGGUACUGAUAUUUACAAGGAAUACGCGGAUUGGAUAAACAAUGAAACCGGGCAAAGAGAUUCUAAGUCCGAUGACACUCAAAAUAACAAAAACGAAAUAUUGGACAGUGAAGAAAUGUACACAACUUACAGGAUGGACAUAAAAGAUGCUGUCAUAAAAGAGUUGACAUUGUUCGCAAAAGAGCCAAUGGACCACAAAGAAUUCACCUCACACGCCUACACCUCGAGUGGGUUCUGCAUGGAGCUAAACGAUGAUGAGCAACUUGUCCAGAGAGUAAACGGUGCUGUUGGAGGGCUAUCUUUAACCCUGGACGCUCUUACCGAGCAUUACAUGCCAGAAACGCAGCGAGCAGGGUUUCUAGUGACACUCCGUAUGGCUAACGAGACGGUGUUGAGUCAGGAGUUUGGGUUUAUGGUGUCACCAGGGAAAGAAUAUGCUAUAAAUCUACGAACUAAGAGGAUAACGAGACUGGAAGAACCCUGGGGCAACUGUAUUGAUAAGGUGGACCACUUCGACAAGAAAGGGUACAUGACGAUGAAGGAAUGCUAUUUAGAUCAGAUGUUGUGGAUGUACCCUAAGCUGAGGGACCUCGGGUGUGGCUGUUAUCCCUGGUAUUUCUACCAGAGAUAUAUAAAGGACGCUGACGACAAGAAAUACUCGCCUGACAUCAAAUGGACCCUUAUGAAGUAUUGGACUGAAGAUGUGGAUGAAAUAUUCAGACUAGAGUUUAAUCAGACAUGUUACUACGAGGAUACAGGUUACAACGUGACGACUGAUCGGAUCUCCACCAAUACAGAUCUGAAGUCAGUAAAGGAUUGUGCGGAUCUGUGCGACAAUACUGUGGACUGUCUAUAUUUCCAGUACAGUGGUCUGACUAACGAUAUCAUGAGUGAAAACGAAUGCUGGCUGUACAAGAAAACAGCAGCAAUAGAAGAAAUAGAAAACGGUGUCGAUUGGAAAGGUUUACAGUGGGGUAGUGUAAAGUGCUUGGAAAUGGAGGAAUGCACUAUCUCAGCCGAGACUUCCUGUCAGAAUAAAAUAACGAAUGUCUUGAUGAAUAGCACGGACGAUAAAGAAAGCACUACUGAGAAGUCUACAUCUCCUCCCACAUGCCAUGAACCCUGUAACUACAGACAAUACGAAUACGAUUUCUCGUUCAGUGAAUAUCCCGCUAAGAGAUACUGGGAAACCUAUCUCAGUCAACUGGAUUCAGUUAAGUCAAGAUACGAUAAUUUCGAAGACGCUAAGAAAAACUUGGUAAAGUUAGUGUUUUAUACGGACCAGAUGACGAAAAUAGAGGUAGUACAAACAGCUAGCUACGAGAUAGCCAGCUUUAUAGCCGAAUUAGGAGGAUUAACAGAUCUAUUUAUCGGGCUCUCAUUUUUCACAUGCUAUCAAUUUAUAGAGUGGAUUUUUACAAAAACUGCACGUAAAUUAACUCCGAGAAGGACUAUAAAUACAUCAGAUGAUAUGCAAAUGGACAAUACACGUUUAUGAUGGAAUUUUUAUUGAUAAGUAUUACCGGCCAAUAUUUGGUCGAUUGAAAUCAUAUAACAUUUUCAUUUCCCAGUGAUA